CAGCCCAGUGAAGCCCAAGUUGCGGAGCGAGCGGAGCGCUCCCUCGGCCCGGAGCCCAGCGGCCGCCGCGCGGAGCCCGGCCCGGCCCCUCCCGCUCGGGCCCCCCGGCCAGGCCAGGCGCCGGGCGGGGCGGGGACGAUCCGCUUGGGGCGCGGCGCGGCCCCGCUCCCCGGAGAGCGCGGAGCCAGGAGCGCCGCGGCCGCGGCCAGACCCCGGGAGCCGGGCGCGGCGAGGGGAGGCGGCGAGCGGCGCCCGCGCUGCAGCCCGGGCCUCGGCGGGAGCGCGAAUAUUUUCAAACGAUUCAAACUUUCGUCCUCGCCCCGCUCCCCGCGGCCCGUCCUGCCUGGGAUUGCUCUCCCGAUCCCCGCGGGGCGCCCGGGCGCGAUUCCUCCUCGGGGCUCCGCUAACUUCGCGGCCCGGGGCUCCGGGCUCUCUCCGCUCGGCCGAGUCCAGCCCGCGCUGCCCGCCCGCUCCGGAGGGCCAGGGCCCGGGCUCCUUCGCCCCCGGGAGGGCGCCCAGCCCGGUCCUCUUGGGUCGGGCCCUGGAGCCCCCAGCACCCGCCGCAGUACCGGAGCCCGCAGACUAACCCGCGCCGAGCCUGGCCUCCCGGCCGCCACCGGCCAGCGGAGGGGCGGCCCCCGGGCUCAGGAACCACAAGUUUAUUUGUCGUCCUUGGCCUGUUGGAGCGAAGAACCGCGGCCGAAGAGGGUCCCCGAGAGGAGAGCCCCGGGGACGCGGGGAGACUCGGCGGCCGGGCUCCCGGGGCCGGGGCGCUGGCGGCUGCGCGGGGCGCGCGGAGGCUCCCGGGGCUGGGCCCGCGGCGCUGCCGGAGGAGCGAACCGCGCCGCCUCCACCGCCGCCUCCUCCGUCUCCGGUCCCCGGCGCCGCUCCGGGCAGGGGGAGACGCAGGGGCAUCGCGGGGCCCCGGCGGAUGCGCCCCCCGCCGCCUCUCGGGCUGCGCCGCCUCGCGGGGAUGAAGCAGCGGCCGUGAAGAUGGAGGUGACCUGCCUUCUGCUCCUGGCGCUGCUCCCCUUGCACUGCCGAGCGCAGGGCGUCUACGCUCCGGCCCAGGCCCAGAUCGUCCACGCGGGCCAGGCGUGUGUGGUGAAAGAGGACAACAUCAGCGAGCGCGUCUACACCAUCCGGGAGGGCGACACCCUGGUGCUGCAGUGCCUCGUCACCGGGCACCCUCGGCCCCAGGUGCGGUGGACCAAGACCGCCGGGAGCGCGUCCGACAAGUUCCAGGAGACGUCGGUGUUCAACGAGACCCUGCGCAUCGAGCGCAUCGCGCGCACGCAGGGCGGCCGCUACUACUGCAAGGCCGAGAACGGCGUGGGCGUGCCGGCCAUCAAGUCCAUCCGCGUGGACGUGCAGUACCUGGACGAGCCGGUGCUGACGGUGCACCAGACGGUGAGCGACGUCCGGGGCAACUUCUACCAGGAGAAGACGGUGUUCCUGCGCUGCACCGUCAACUCCAACCCGCCCGCCCGCUUCAUCUGGAAGCGCGGCUCCGACACCCUGUCCCACAGCCAGGACAACGGCGUGGACAUCUACGAGCCCCUCUACACCCAGGGGGAGACCAAGGUCCUGAAGCUGAAGAACCUUCGGCCCCAGGAUUACGCCAGCUAUACCUGCCAGGUGUCUGUACGCAACGUGUGUGGCAUCCCGGACAAGGCCAUCACUUUCCGGCUCACCAACACCACGGCGCCACCAGCCCUGAAGCUGUCUGUGAAUGAAACUCUGGUGGUGAACCCUGGGGAGAACGUGACGGUGCAGUGUCUGCUGACAGGCGGUGACCCCCUGCCCCAGCUGCAGUGGUCCCAUGGGCCCGGCCCGCUGCCCCUGGGGGCCCUGGCCCAGGGUGGCAUCCUCAGCAUCCCUUCAGUGCAGGCCCUGGACUCCGGCUACUACAACUGCACAGCCACCAACAAUGUGGGCAACCCCGCCAAGAAGACCGUCAACCUGCUGGUGCGAUCCAUGAAGAAUGCCACAUUCCAGAUCACCCCGGACGUGAUCAAAGAAAGCGAGAACAUACAGCUGGGCCAGGACCUGAAGCUCUCGUGCCACGUGGACGCAGUGCCCCAGGAGAAGGUGACCUACCAGUGGUUCAAGAACGGCAAGCCGGCACGCAUGUCCAAGAGGCUGCUGGUGACCCGAAACGACCCUGAGUUGCCUGCCGUCACGAGCAGCCUAGAGCUCAUUGACCUGCACUUCAGCGACUACGGCACCUACCUGUGUGUGGCCUCCUUCCCGGGAGCACCUGUGCCCGACAUGAGCGUGGAAGUCAACAUCUCCUCCGAGACAGUGCCCCCCACCAUCAGCGUGCCCAAAGGCAGGGCCGUGGUGACCGUGCGCGAGGGCUCGCCCGCCGAGCUGCAGUGCGAGGUGCGGGGCAAGCCGCGGCCGCCCGUGCUCUGGUCCCGCGUGGACAAGGAGGCGGCGCUGCUGCCCUCGGGGCUGCCGGUGGAGGAGACCGCGGACGGGAAGCUGCGGCUGGAGCGCGUGAGCCGCGACAUGAGCGGGACCUACCGCUGCCAGACGGCUCGCUACAACGGCUUCAACGUGCGCCCCCGCGAGGCCCAGGUGCAGCUGAACGUGCAGUUCCCCCCGGAGGUGGAGCCCGGCUCCCAGGACGUGCGCCAGGCGCUGGGCCGGCCGGUGCUCCUGCGCUGCUCGCUCCUCCGCGGCAGCCCCCAGCGCAUCGCCUCGGCCGUGUGGCGCUUCAAGGGGCAGCUGCUGCCGCCGCCGCCCGCCGCCCCCGGCGCCGGGGAGCCCUCCGACCACUCGGAGCUGCGCCUCGACGCCGUCACCCGCGACAGCAGCGGCAGCUACGAGUGCAGCGUCUCCAACGACGUGGGCUCGGCCGUCUGUCUCUUCCAGGUCUCCGCCAAAGCCUACAGCCCGGAGUUUUACUUCGACACCCCCAACCCCACCCGCAGCCACAAGCUGUCCAAGAACUACUCCUACGUGCUGCAGUGGACCCAGAGGGAGCCUGAGGCCGUGGACCCCGUGCUCAACUACAGACUCAGUGUCCGCCAGCUGAACCAGCACAGCGCCAUGGUGAAGGCCAUCCCCGUGCGGCGCGUGGAGAAGGGGCAGCUGCUGGAGUACAUGCUGACCGACCUCCGCGUGCCCCACAGCUACGAGGUCCGCCUCACGCCCUACACCACCUAUGGGGCCGGCGACAUGGCCUCCCGCAUCAUCCACUACACAGAGCCUAUCAACUCCCCCAGCCUGUCAGACAACACCUGCCACUUUGAGGAUGAGAAGAUCUGUGGCUACACCCAGGACCUGACAGACAACUUUGACUGGACCCGGCAGAACGCCCUAACCCAGAACCCCAAGCGCUCUCCCAACACCGGUCCCCCCACUGACGUCAGCGGCACCCCUGAGGGCUACUACAUGUUCAUCGAGACUUCGAGGCCCCGGGAGCUGGGGGACCGGGCGCGGCUGGUGAGUCCCCUGUACAACGCCAGCGCCAAGUUCUACUGCGUCUCCUUCUUCUACCACAUGUACGGGAAGCACAUCGGCUCCCUCAACCUCCUGGUCCGGUCUCGGAACAAAGGGGCCCUGGACACGCACGCGUGGUCCCUCAGUGGCAAUAAGGGCAACGUGUGGCAGCAGGCCCACGUGCCCAUCAACCCCAGCGGGCCCUUCCAGAUUAUUUUUGAGGGGAUUCGAGGCUCCGGCUACCUGGGAGAUAUCGCCAUAGACGAUGUGACGCUGAAGAAGGGAGAGUGUCCCCGGAAGCAGAUAGAUCCCAAUAAAGUGGUGGUGAUGCCGGGCAGUGGAGUGCCCCACCAGCCCCGCCCACAGCUCUGGGGGCCUGUGGCCAUCUUCCUCUUGGCGCUGCAGAGAUGAUGAGAGCUGCGUGGCCCCCCACCUCGCCCCUGGCACACCAAAGUGUCUGCAUCGUACCAAAGACUGACCUCUACCAGCCGGGGUGCCCGGGCAGGGGCGGCCCACAGGGAGGGGCCUUCGCCGGCUGUGGGGAUGAGCAGAGAACAAGGACAGAGGCCCCGCCGAGGCCCUGCAGACGCGCACACUCACGCCCACACUCACACAGAGAUAUAUUAAAGCACAAGUUUCUAUCCGA